GGAGGGGAGAAGGGGGCGGCCGACCGGGCUGACCGGCUGACCAGGAUGACCAGGUGAUCGUCGGCCACAGGGGCACAGAAAGGUCUGGCGAUUCUUGAUCACCAUGCGGCGCCCCCUGCUGGCGCCCGCCGGCACGGCCCUCCUGCUCCUGCUCCUGCUGCUGGCGCCAGCGCCGGGCCCCUCGGCGGCGUGCCCGUUCCACUGCGUGUGCCAGAACCUGUCGGAGUCGCUCAGCACCCUGUGCGCCAACAAGGGGCUCCUGUUCGUGCCCCCCAACAUCGACCGGCGCACCGUGGAGCUGCGGCUGGCCGACAACUUCAUCCGCGAGGUGGGGCAGGAGGACUUCCUGAACAUGAGCGGCCUGGUGGACCUGACGCUGUCCCGCAACACCAUCCACCUGAUCCGGCCGCUGGCCUUCGCCGACCUGGAGAGCCUGCGCUCGCUGCACCUGGACGCCAACCGGCUCACGGAGGUCCGCGCCCAGGACCUGCGGGGCCUGCUCAACCUGCAGCACCUCAUCCUCAACGGCAACCAGCUGACCGACAUCUCGGCCCGCGCCUUCGACGACUUCCUGCUCACGCUGGAGGACCUGGACCUGUCCUACAACAACCUGCGCAAGGUGCCCUGGGAGGCCAUCCAGAGCAUGGCCAGCCUGCACACCCUCAACCUGGACCACAACCUCAUCGACCACGUCAUGGAGGGCUCCUUCGCCGAGCUCUACAAGCUGGCCCGCCUGGACAUGACCUCCAACCGCCUGCAGACGCUGCCCCCGGACCCCCUCUUCGCCCGCUCGCAGACGGGGGUGGUCAGCCCCACGCCCUACAACGCCGUCGUCAGCCUCAACUUCGGCGGCAACCCCCUGCACUGCAACUGCGAGCUGCUCUGGCUCCGCCGGCUGGCGCGCGAGGACGACAUGGAGACCUGCGCCACGCCGCCGCACCUGGCCGGCCGCUACUUCUGGUCCAUCCCCGAGGAGGAGUUCACCUGCGAGCCGCCCCUCAUCACGCGGCGCACGCACAAGCUCUGGGUGCUGGAGGGCCAGCGGGCCACGCUGCGGUGCCGGGCCAUCGGCGACCCCGAGCCCAUGAUGCACUGGGUCUCCCCGGACGACCGCAUCAUCUCCAACUCCUCCCGCCUGGCCUCCUACCGCAACGGCACCCUGGACAUCCUGGUGACGUCGGUGCGCGACGACGGGGCCUACACCUGCAUCGCCAUCAACGCGGCCGGCGAGUCCACCGCCCUGGUGGACCUGAAGAUCAUCCCCCUGCCGCACCGGGCCAACGGCACCGCCCCCGUCCUCCACCGGGACCCCGGCUCCUCCGACAUCACCACCUCGGCCAAGACCGGGGGGGUCCAGGGCGGCGGCGGUGGGAACGGCACGGGGCCCGAGGGCGGCGCCCGGCUGCCGGAGCGGCUGGUGGGGGUGAUGGACGUGACCUCGACCUCGGCCGAGGUGCGCUGGUACGUCGGGAAGUCCUCCUCCUACCUGGUGUGGAUGUACCAGAUCCAGUACAACUGCACCGUGGACGAGACGCUGGUGUACAGAAUCCUGCCUUCCACGAGCAAUAACUUCCUGCUGAAGAACCUGGUGGCGGGGGUGGACUACGACCUCUGCGUGCUGGCCGUCUUCGACGACCUCGCGACCUCCCUGGCCGCCACCAAGGUGCUGGGCUGCGCCCAGUUCAGCACCAAGGACGACUACGUGCACUGCCACUCCCUGCACGCCCACUUCCUGGGGGGCACGCUCACGGUCAUCGUGGGCGGGGUGAUCGUGGUGACGCUGCUGGUGUUCACCGUGGUGAUGAUGGUCAAGUACCGCAUCUGCGCCAGCGCCCACGCCCCGCUGCCCAAAGUCACCGACGUCUACUCGCAGACCAACGGGGGCAACGCGCCGCUGCCCAACGGGCUCCUCCUGCGGCGCGGCAGCCUGGCGCCGCUGCCCAAGCCGCCGCCCCCCCAGCAGCUGGUGGCCGCGGCGGACAGGCGGGGCCCCCCCCGCACCCCCGAGCAGGAGAGGGCGGCCCUCUACUAUGGCACCAGGCCCCAGCGGCGGCGCGGGAAACCCAAGUACCGGGGCGAGGGCGGCAGGGUGGGGGCCAAGCUGGCCCUGCCGGCGCUGCCGCCCCCCGCCGGCGAGGCAAGGGAUUAUGGGAAGGAGCCCCGGCAGGCGGCCCCGGCGAGGGCGGCCGGGGCGGGCAGGGGGCACCCCGGGUGCUGGAACCCCCCGGCCAAGGCCAAGCGCAGCUGCUCGUUCGACAUGGGCGAGAUCGCCGCCACCACGUGCUACAGCUACGCCAAGCGGCUGAGCGUGAUCUGGACGCGCCGCAGCCAGUCGGUGCACGGCGUGCUCAUGCACUGCGCCGAGGCCGCGGACCUCGCCGGGAACGCCCUCGCGCUGGCCAGCGCGGACGAGCUGGAGGAGAGCGUGGUAUAGCGGACGGGGCGCACGGGGCGGGUGGGGAUUCUGGGAAUGGCGACGGGGAAGAAAUUUUUCGGACCUUUUAAAAGCCGAAGAACCCCAAGGGGGGUGCACGCAGGAACAAGACGUGAAGUAGUGGAAAACGGGGACAUGACACCCCUAAAAUAAACGCCACGGAGAGCAGGAGGGGCGCCGGUACGGACAGCGGCGCGGAUCAGGAACGCCGAGAUCUUAUUCUCACAGCGGCGCCUGGGUUACAGGAAACGCCCCAUCGCCACCGACGUUUUUGCGUGCCGGGCCAUGGGAGAUACAUGGAAUAAAAAAACAAAACGGAUUGUAAGGGUCUCGCGUGGACAAUCGAAACACUCCCCCCCCCGUUCCAAGCCCCGCCCUGCUCCUCCCCGCCGGCUGAGGCUCUCCCCCUGUUCCGGCGGCCAUGGCGGCUGGCGUAUCCCACGAGCCCCCUGGAGCCCCUGGAGGUGUACGUUUGUGUAAAUAUAAACAUGAACAUACCGUGUUCCUUCCACUGGAUACGUUUUCUACUCUUUCAUUAAGGACAGUCUCAUUAAAAAAAAAGUGCGAUUGUUUGUUUUCUUUACUUGAGUAUACAAAGAAUCAUUUCCAUUAUUACUAUGAUUAUUAUUAUGGCGAGCGCCUAACGCACGACAACCACGGUAAUAAUUAUAUUAAUAACGACCCUUCUCUGGUUUUGUUCAUCAUGAUUUGCCAAAGUCGUUCAUGUCACCCGGGACCUGAGAUUCUGACUAUGUUGAUGAGAACAAUAAAAUACAAAAAAAAAAAAGAAAACCGUGAACUGAUUGUGUGGGGGACAGCUGAAGCUUUUCGCGAAACUCAGUGUAUUCGCGCCCCGGACCCUUGUCCGGGUGUUUGUGCCGCCUCCCUUUUGUGCUUGGUGUUGCCGGGGAGGCGCAGUGGGGAGGGGGGGUCAGACCGUUCGGAGACGGCUGGCCUGUCUCGUACACGCCGAGAUGGCACAGGGACAGCGGCCACACACUGGCACGGAUAAAUUGCCGCCCGAGAAAAACAAUGGCUUGGCCACAACAAUAAGUCUGAAGAUAAGCAGAGCUCUGAAGAUAAAACCCACAGU